GUUUGAGAACACAAUUACGUGAGAGAAGGGACAGAAGUGUAAUGUCUGUUCUUGUGGUCUGUGCUUCCUUUGUGAAGUCCUUAAAUUAUUUACAUGAUUGAAGAAGGUAGUAUUUUAAAAUCCACAUGAAGAGAAUGCUGAAGUUACCUCCGCCAAAAAGGCUCAUAUUUUGCAUAAGGUAACGUUAGAGACCUUUGUACAAAUAAAUACAGACUUCAUUAUGGCAGCUGCAACAGAGAUUGAAGAACUCAUGACAGGACCUCUUGUUACAUGGUUAAGUUCUUGCUUGGAGAAUGCAGACAGACUUGCUGAAUAUGAAGAUCUGACUGAUGGGAUUCUUAUUCAUGAAAUUCUGUUGCAAAUAGAUCCAGAGCCUGUGCAUCAUGGAGUAACACCAAGUAUGGGAAAUACAUCAAUACGCAUACGUAAUAUGGACAUCAUCAUUAAAAACAUCAAAGCUCUGUAUGAGGCAAGGAAUACAGAGGAAUUGUGUCAAGUUCUUCUUGUGGUGCCAGACUGCGUGAAGCUUGGAAGGGAACCAGACAGUGAAGUUGGUGUGGAAAACAUGCAGCUGUUACUUCUGCUGCUGUUGGGCUGUGCUGUGCAGUGCCCUAACAAGGAAACUUUUAUUGACAGAAUUAAACAAUUGGAUGUAUCAGUUCAGCAUGCCAUUGUUGAUUGCAUCAGGCAGGUAACAGACAGUCAUAAUAUUGUACUGACACAGGAUGCAAUUACUGAUGCCUUUCCUACUGAUCUUAUGGUGUUGCACAUUCGAAGGCUAGUGCGAGAGAGGGAUGAAUAUUUGAAGCAUUGGACAGCCUCAGUCAUUGAAGAGAGGUCAGUAGGAAGUGAAGAAUGUAGUGAGCAACAGAGGAAAGCAUCAACACCAAUGUCAGAAGGGGAGUCACAUCAUCUGGCCGUGGAACUUGCUGACUGGAAAGCUCGAUUGAGGAAACAGCGUCAGGAACUUGAGGAAAAAUCAGAAGCAUUAGUUGAGUGCAGAGAAGACCUGGAAAAUAACAAGAUAUUAGUAGCUAAACUACGGCAGGAGGUUCAAGAGCUGAUGCAAGAUGCCAGAGCUGCUAAAGCCUACCGAGAUGAGCUUGAUGCUGUGCGUGAAAGGGCAGAGCGAGUGGACAAACUUGAACUGGAAAUACAGCGAUACCGUGAGAAACUAAGUGACAUUGAGUUCUACAAGACACGUGUUGAGGAACUGCGAGAAGAUAAUAGGGUGCUGCUUGAAACAAGAGAAAUGCUAGAAGAGCAACUGCAGAGAGCCCGGAAACGAGCAGACCAUGUGCUUGAACUGGAGAGUGAGAUCAUCAAGUACAAGCAGCAGCUCACUGAUUUCACAUUAGAGAGGGAAGCCAACCACGAGAAGUUACAGGAACUCUUUGAAGAAAAUGCUCAGCUGCAAUUGCUUACCAAGUCUGCUCUCAAUGACAAUUCAACUUUUGAUAUUGAAAGUGACAACGCAGAAGAUUUUGAUGGAGGUUCAGGAGACAACAGUUUAUCAGAACAGUUAAGUAGCAAUGCACAGGCUCGUGCUCUCAAAUUAGAACUUGAGAAUCAUCGUCUUCUUUCAACAAUUGACAACCUGAAAGAGUCAUCAUUUCAUGAAAGCAGCAACAAAAUCCUUGAGCUUGAGAAGGACAAGAAGAAGUUGACUCUGAAGGUUGAUCAACUACAAGGAAAUUGUCGGCGUUUAAAUGAACAAAAUUCUGAAUUAGAACAACUAUUUAAGGAUGCUUUAACAGAAAACAGAAAACUUCAAGACUCUAUAGAUGCUUUAAAAUUAAAUUCUGACAAACAACAUCAGGAACUGCAGGCUGGUAGGUCUCAAAUAGAAGAACUUGGUAACGUUGUUGAGAGCAUGACAAAAGAAAAACAAAGGUUGCAGUGUCUUGUAGAAAGUAUCCAGCGUCGUGCAGAUGAGUUGGAGAGGACAAAUGAAGUAGCCAUUCAGCAGGCAGAGACCUGGAAGUCAGAGGCUCAGCAUGUCCCAGAGCUCCAAACUCAGUUCAGUACAAGCCAGGCAAAAGUAGAAAGCCUGGAAAAGGAAAACCAGAGUCUACAAAGAGAGCUAGUUAAGUUACGAGAAUCACUUGAGGUUAAAGAUGUGGCUCUUGAUCAGUGUGCAAGUGAGACUGCAUCCCAGGAAAAGGAGAGAAGUAGACUGACCAAGGAAUUGGAAGAAGCUACAACACAGAUUGCUAGGCUUCAUGAGGUGGAACGAGAGAGUCAAGAACUGGUAAGUCGUGCAGCUGUGGAUAGAGAGACAUUGGCUACACUCCAGAAUGAUUUAGUUACCCAGAAGCUCAACACACAACAACUAAAAAGCAGUUUGGAAAAGCUGGGGCUAGACCUUGACCAGUUAUUGGACCCAGAUGUUGCCUUAGAAAAAAUAGUGUCCAGCCCAGAAGUAUUACGAUUUGUAAAAGAGUUAAAUGCUAAACAAGAAGAGACAGAGCUCUGUAGACAAUGCAAGUUGGCACAGCAGGCUUCUGCUGAGGAACAACCCAUCAAUGAGGAACCUAGUCCUGACCUGCAGUCUCUUAAAUCAGAUAAUGAAUCUCUAAAUCACCAGUGUGAAGAGAUGCGUCUGGAAUUAGCAAUAUUGCAAAGCUCAUCUGAUAGCUUUCACUCUGACAAUGCAAAAUUGCAAGUGACAGUGGCAACACUGCAGUCACAGAUCUCAUCCCUUUCAACUCAACAUACUGCACUACAGCUUGCCAACUCUCAGCUGGUCGCUGAAAAAGAGGAGCUUGUGAAGGAGCACAGCUUGCAGCAGUCUGCACAUCAACAGUUGCUUCUUGAUCAAGUGACAUUGCAGUCACUGCACGAGCAGUUGACAGUAGAGUAUGAAAACCUGUUGAGAGAGAGGGAAGGACUAAAAGCAACCCAGCGAGACCUUCGCAAUGAAAUUAGGGUACUGAAAGAGCUGUGUACGCGGCAGGAGGCAUCUCAAACUUUGCUGGAGCAAGAAAAGGAAAAAUUAAAGUCAGAAUCUCGGUCCCUUGGGAAUUUGAGAGCAGAGCAUUCCAGUUUAAAAGAAGAUUUUCGAAAUCUGUUCACUGCAAGUGAGAAGUUGAAACAGGAGUACCGUAGUCUGCAGGAAGAGUAUCGAUCUCUUCGCAGUGAGAAUGGCAGCUUGAAGCUGCGACAGACAGAGAUGCGGGGGGAAUUGGCCAAAUCCAAUGACCAAAGCACUCUGCUAGAGAUUGAGGUUUCUAAGCUGAACAACAGGUGUGAGAUGUUACUACAGAUGAACACAGGGCUAGAAGAUGAUCGUCGUUCCCUCAUGGAUCACGUGUCAUUGAUCUUGAGUCAAUACCAUGAGCUGCUUACUCACAAUCUGGAGGAUAAGGAACAUUAUCAUAUGGAGGAAAAGAUGUUCACAGACAGACUAAACAACCUUUGUCGCCAGAAAGAAAAACUGGAGGAAAAGAUAAUGGAACAUUACCGGAAACUGGACAGCUGUUCGACAAAAAAGAAAAGUUUUGGUGCUACUCUCGUGAAAAGAGUUAGGAAAGCUGGUUCAGAUUUCAUUAACAAGGUACCAAGAAAUCGUCGAUCUUGGCAUGAAGACAGUAGGCAUGCUGAAAAUCAGGUGGCUGUACCCCAUGGAUCUGAAUCAGGAGAAGGUGGCAAUGAAUCAGAUGCUAGUUUGGAUGAUUUGAGGAGUCAGUUCCUUCCAGAAUCACACACUUCAGAUGGUUUUACACAAAGCACAUUGAGUCUAGGUAGUGCAGGAACUCGUAGAACUGUAUACUACACAGGAGAAGAAAACAGUGGGACAAGAGAGAGAGCACAAGAAUCAUAUUGCAAGGAUCAAGAUGUAACGAUUGACAAUAGCACCGCUCCAGAAGUUCCAUGCCCUUCUACACCACAGGAUUCUAGGUCAUUACUGGUGUAUAACCGUAUUUCAACUGUAAUUGGUGGAGUAGAUGAGUCUAGUCAAGUGACCCCUCAAGGGCCACCAAGUCCCAGCCAGGGAAGCCUAGCCCAAACCCCAAACACAGCAGAAGAGAAACGAUCAACUAAGACAAAGGGAAAAGGUGAAAAUUCCAUAUGGUAUGAAUAUGGUUGUGUGUAGAUAUUCUCUUAUGUAUCUUGCCUUUAUAGGUUAUGAGGACAAGCAAAAAGGACAAAAUUUAUCAGCUGAUGAAAUAUGUUUUUGCCAGAUUGCAUUAUUUUCUUCAUCCAAUUAUUUUUACAAAGCAACUGAAUACUUUGAUUAGUAUGGUUUCUUGCCAUAUGAUAGGCCUUCAGGAGUGGGGUAUUUCAAUCAAUGCUGGAAGCACAUGACAGUUUUAAAAUUUGGAUAAAAAUGUAUGCAUAUACUAUGCCAGUGUCCACUGCUUGAAAGUAUGUGCCUACUGAUCAGAGGGUUUAGGAAUGUUACCAUGUGUAUUUUUCAGUGCUACCAUAAACCGAAGUAUAAAAAUGUGUUAAUUUCACGCAUGUUGAACAUGCCUACUUAAUAAGUUAUGCAGAAAAGUCUUCUUUAAAUCUUUAAAUAUACAUAUUUAUGCACAGAGUACAUUAUUAUUGCAUUGUAACACAAAGAAUAUAACUUCAGAAAUUAUUUUGCAGCUGAUGAGCAAUAUUUAGAAAGGGAAGAGCCCAAUUUUUACUGAUUUGUUGGGACAUGUUGACAAAGAAUGUUGAAUUUUGUUGUGCCUGUUUAGUAAUAAUGGAUAUUAACAUAUUAAGAGCAAUUAUCAUCAUCCUUUCCUGUAUUAGGCCUAUGAAGUCCUUUCAAUUGCUUUCAAGACUGAGAGCAAUUUAGUGUGCACUAACUACUGAUUUGUAAAUGGAAUUGCAGCGAUCAUGACUUAAUCCUACAUACGUGAUGAUUUAUAUGGUUAUUCUAUGAUAAUGUAUACUUAUUUAUUGAAGCAGUGCUUUCUUUUUACAUAUUUAUGUUACCAUAAUGCUGUCUGCAGUGAUUGUAGAGGUUGAUUUUAAUGUCAGAAUAACAUAGAAAUGUCUUCAAAACCUAAUUUCAGACUUCAUGAAAUGUUUCCUUUUGCACAUAUUCAUUUUGUUUCAUUCAGUAGGACAGAUAUCUACUUUGGAAGAGUGGUGGCUGUGAUUUGCUAUGCCCUUGUGUGCGCGCACAUGCGUGCGUAAACGUAUCACUUACUUGUGGCAGGUUACACAAGAAAGGAAAGCUCUCCAAUAAAUAUACCACAACCAUUUGUUUGUACUCUAGGUGUAUUAAAUUACACUGUGUCAUCAUCUUAAUUUUUUUAAUGUAGAAUGCAUAUUGUAGGGUACCAGCAUUGCAUUUACUGGAAAGAUCAUAAAAAAAGAUGAGAAUUCUGAAGCUGGAAUAGCUUGUCCCCCAGUUUAUCCUUGAAUCAGUGACCUCCAGAAACUGGCCUCACUAAUCCAGUGAUACAAGGGAAAUAAAAGGUGCUGUGAUGAAAAUUUUAGAGGUCAUAACCCACUGUUUGCUUUAUCAAUCUCACUCGGUAAGAUCAAUCUCAGUUCUUGUCCCAUCCAUUUAUGUGCCAAAUUCAGUGAUAAUCCAUCCAUUACAAAUUAUUUGAGGAACUGAUGGACAGAAAUUAUGUUUCACUGUACAAGACACUAAAACAAUGAAUGGCGAAACUCUGGCUAGUAGUGUCAUCAUCAUCAUCAGUCCGGCUUUCAACAUUGAAAGUUGGUGACCCAUCAUUAGACACGUCAAAAUGAACAUGAGUCUAAAUAAUUUGGACUUUUGGAAGGAAAUAGAGAUUGGGAUUAAAGGGCUGGAAGAGAUUAGUUAUCAGCAGUUGUGGAAAUGAGUACAGAAUGUCAGAAGACUUCCAAGGUUAGAGUGACUGGUAUUCAGAGGCACAAGUAUUGAAUCUGUACUGCUGAACUUCUUAUAAAUAUUUUAGAUGUUUUAUUGGGAAUGGACUAUUCUUUAAUAUUGAAACAUAUAUUACAUAGUUACUUUCAUGUAAUGUCUUCCAAAAAGGCACUUUUUACUUCCAUAAUUGUUAAAUAAAUAUAUUUUUCAACAGAAAGCACAAGCCAAAGAUGGCACAUAAUAGACUGAAUUGGCCUAACAACGUAAGUAGAGUGGAGAUAUGGUGAUACAACGAUAAAAUACUUAUGGUGCCCAGACUAAUGUAGUGUAUAUUAUAGGCCUAUUAAUUUAAUAUUUCAAUAAUUUUUUUUGUCAGAGUUUAUAUCAUUUAUCUGAUGAUUGUUACAGAGUGCUAAUCAAAUGUGUGCAUCAAGGACAUCUUUUCCAAAUGUUCCAUGUACAAAUAAGUAGAAACACCUAUUUAUUGUUUCAUGUACAAUAUGCUACAUAUAUAUAUCAUAUUUUACUGAUAACUUCCAGGUUUAUAUCUCUGUUUUUAUUAUUAACUAUGCUUUUCUUUUCAUUAAGUUUAGUGUAGAUGCACUUUCCAGCAACCAAUAAGUUCUGUUCAUGAUAAGGUUUUUCAAUCUGAGUUUGUUUUCAAUGUCUGUAAUGUACACAAAUCCAAAGAUCAAGCAGCCAGAUGCCACUUCCCAUUAUAGAAAUUUGAGUUCACUCUCAGGAUAGUCCAUUUGGGAUUGGUGACAGACAUUGUGGCAGGUUUUUACUUAAGACUUCAAUUUUCCCUUGUCAAGUCAUUAUUCCAUGAAUACCCCAUACUACUAUCUGUGAGGUGUGCAAAAGGCCUGAUCAGCCAGCAUAUUGUCACAGCCUCUUAUUCAUCUCCAAUCCAGCAUGACUUUACAUUGAGUACUAAUAGUUACAAAGCAUUGGGCAGUUAAUGGCAUUAUUGCAUCACAUGUCUAAGCAAAGGCAUAUCACUUCAUUGUUAGUGGUAAAAUGCUCUCAUGGACUUACUCACAAGGCACAGCACAAAUAACUUCGAGAUGAACACAGUUGGAAGUUGACAUACAACUUCUGAACUACUCAGUGUAUUUAAUUUCCUGCACAGUUUUUGUUAAUUCUAUCUGCCAAACAAUUACUGAAGAUAAAGCUCUCAUUGUGAAACCUUAAUAAAUACUGUAUGUACUAACCUGCAGGUGUGAAUGCUUGUGGUAACACAGUAAUAUAAGAAACAAGUAGUGUGUGGGGAGAAGUAUUAUUUACACACAGACUUGUAAAAGUUGUAGAAUGUUUGAUUUCAGCAUUACAUAAUACAAAUUAAUGUCUGAAGUGCAUUACUUCAGCCAGUUGGUUACAUGGAUUAGGGCCAAUAUAGGAUAUGUAUGUCACACAAAUGCUGAAAUAAACAUUUGAAUUUUUCUUUAUCUCAUCUGUAUGUUGAAAUUGUAACUGGGCUGUAAAAGGGAACAGCACCAGUUAACUGGAAAGAAUCUCAGCAGAGUAUUUUAAAUAGUUUUAAUUACAUUUUAGAACUUUUAUAAGAAUACUAAGAUUAUAGUAAUUUAUGUAAUUAGUGAUGGACUUUAUUACAGAUAAUCCUGGCCAGAAUCAGUAUUGUAGCUUUCUGCUUUACAUUUUCACAGACCACAUGUCCAAUACUGAAAAU